CCAUUAUGGUGGAGACAGGAGUAGAUGAUCCCAACCUUGUUGAUCAAGAACUCCGUGAUAUGGAUGAAGAACGAUUAUGGGAGAUGGUGGAGGGCCAUCGCUACAGAAUUGUGCGGGGCGUCUGCCCCAGUCGUCUUACUCCCUACUUACGGCAGGCCAAGGUGCUUGGUCAACUGGAUGAGGAAGAAAUACUGCACAGCCCCCAGUUCACAAAUAGAGCCAUGAGAGUUGGCCACAUGCUGGAUCUCUUGAAAUCCCGUGGGAAAAACGGGGCCCUUGCCUUUCUGGAAAGCCUGAAACUUCACAACCCUGAUAUUUAUGUGCUCAUUACUGGCUUGGAGCCUUCCAUAGACCACAACAAUUUUAGUGAUCUGAUUGAAAGCUCCCAGCUGACAGAAUGCUUGGCCAAAGCAGUUAGCAGCCUGCAAGAGGAGCUAAGCCAGGAGAAGCGUCAGAAGGUGUCCCUGCUCCAACACUGCCGCAGACUCAAGGAAAACACUGCACGACUGGAAGCUGAGGCUGAAAGCCUGCGGGGCAUUGAGGCCGAGUGUAACCGUAUGAAGAGGGAGCUCAGUGCUCACUUCCAUGAGGCCCUCAAGCUUAAAGAUGAACUGUAUGGGCUCUCUUUGCGCUACAGCAGUGCCCUUCAAGAGAAGGACCUGGCUAUUACCCGCUGUCGAAGCUUGCAGGAAGAGCUUUACCUGAUGAAGCAAGAAUUACAGCGAGCCCAGGUGUCAUCAUGCCAUGAAAGGGAAAGAUCCUCAAGGAUUUCUGGGGGCACACAGCUGCAGAUAGAUGAGCUCUUAAAGCUGAGAGAAGAGAACGAGCAUCUCAAGUCACUGGUGGAGCUGGAAACUUUCAGUGUGGUGCAGAAAGACAUUCUAGAGCAAAACCUUGAUGAUGCUCUGGAGGGCAAACAGGAAUUGCUGAAUCGGAUUCACUCUCUGAGAGAGCAAGCAGCACUUGCUGAGAAUCAGCGCAAACAGUGCUGGGAAGAAAAGGAAAAUACUUUAAUUGAAUGUCAAAAGAUGAAGGUAGACUGUGAGAUCUACAAAGAGAAGAUCAGUGCCCUUCAGGCCCAAAUAGAUGAGCUACAGAAAGAGAGAGAUCAGGCCUACAAUGCCAGGGACACUGCUCAGAUGGAAAUUUCCCAAAGCCUCCUGGAGAAAGAUUCACUUCGCCGUAAAGUCUUCGAGCUUACAAAUGAAAUUUGUGAACUCAGGAAAAGAGCAAGCAUGGGUGAUUCAUUGCUUACUGCACCAAGGAGUGGGCCUGCCAUCACUGAACCCAGGGAACAUUGUCCAAGGAGAAAGCAGCGCCUAAUACGAAUGUAUGCCAUCUGUCCCCGGGAAGACAGCCAGGACAGCUUCAUGAGCACAUCAGAGUCUUGGUCAAGUCAAGAGCAAAUGGACAGUUUCCGAUCAUGCAGCCCAAUCCCACCUUGUAAACUUUCUCUACAGAGAAGAGCCAUGCAAGACAGCUCCCUUCCUCGGAGCAGUUCCCAGGAGUUCUUGGAGGAGGAAUUUUCUCUCAGCUCAACUGAGGAGAGAGUGAAGGACCCCUCCUUUGAAUACGAAAUGGGGAGAGACGAUGGCUCUUCCCUUUGGCUCCACGUAGACCCUUGCAUCUCUGAGAGUGCACCCAUGCGCCGACGACUUGCGCAGCGCUUCCCAAGCCGUAUCACAACGAUUGCCUUCCAAGCUAAUGCUUUGCUGGAGCAGAUCAGCAUCACUGGGGGCAACCAGACUGGCAUCUUCAUUGAUCGAGUCACUCCUGGAUCUAUUGCCGAUGAGAUGUCUUUGUCACCAGGCCAGCAGAUUGUGCUGGUGGAUUAUGGAGUCAUGGAACCAGGUUUCAAAGCGGUCCUAGAAGAUGCAACUCUUGAGGAGGCUCUUUGGGUCCUGGAAAGAGUGAAUGGAUUUUGUUGCUUGUCUGUGAAGCACAACAUGGAGGGUUACAAGAAACUACUGAGUGACCUGAACUCAAAGCUGGUGACAUCUGGUGACUCUUUCUAUAUCCGAUCCAACCUGUGCCUUGAGAGACAGGGUCCUGGGGAACUCCCAGUAGGAUGCCAUAACAUUCUGCAUGUCACGGACACUGUGUAUCAAGGCCAAACCCAAUGGAGUGCUUGCCACGUGAAUCCUUAUACCAUGAAAGACAUGGAUACUGGCACCAUCCCCAACUACUUCCAGGCACAACAGCAACUCAUUGCCCUCAUUCAAGAACUGGCCCAAAAGAGCAUGGCUUCCCGCAAGAAUUCCAAUUUGCAACCCAAGUUGGUGCGUAUUGUGAGCACAGACAACAGGAUCAAUCCACUCUGGUCAGCUAUGGAAUGUAGUUUCUCAGAUUCAAGCAAACCAAAAGGCAAGUUCAACUAAUGUGAAAUUGUUUGCAAUCCCAGGAGUUAUGUCAGUCUGAUGCCAUACACUUUUGUCAGGCACUGCAGACCUGGGCGGCCGCGUCCCGUGCUUGUGGUGCCAGCACUUUUGAGGAGGAUCCUGGCUGACAAGCUAUGCCUGUCCAGUGGCUUUGAGAAAUGUUUAUCAGAGACUCAGAGUACAGAUACUCUCCAUGAAAACAAAGAGUUGAAUGUCAGUUCUUGUGUACCUCGACGGGAUCUGGAACAGUUAAUGCAAAAGAACGUGCAUGCCUGGCUGGACCUGGGCCUGGAGAGUGUGCAAGAACUUCUGGCAAUGGACAUUUAUCCCAUCAUUAUCCUCAUCACCAUUGGUGAGAAGAAUGCCAAGAAAUUCAAGAAAGCUCUUCAGCGCCUUGGAGCAACUGAGGAACAACUUUUGGAGAAUGCCCGGAAAGAUGAGGCCCAGCUGGAGACAGUAUCCUGCCUCUAUUGCACCAUUGGUCCUGAUGCCUGGGGUGACCUUGAUGCUCUCAUCAGCUGUGUCCGUAUGGCUGUUGCUGAUGAGCAGAAGAAGGUGGUGUGGGUAGAACAAGUGCCUCACUGACCUUUUUAGACAAAUGUGUGGGACUUAAGGCAAUUGUUUCAUUUGAGCCUAGGAAAAACUGAAAGAUGUUACUUGUUCUGGGCCGAGAUUAAAAGGAACUAGAGCAUUUUCCAAGCCUAUCAGCUGUGUACAUACAGU